AUGACGUCCGAACUGGGGAAGAUCCUCCCGAGGGUUCUCAUCGUCUCCAGACGGAGCGUCCGCAAGAACAAGUUCGUUGACUUCGUCGGUGAGCAAGCAGCUCUACCCACCCGAUUUAUUAUCCCUCCCUCCACUCGAGAGGGGAAUUCGCGGCUAAAAUUCGUUUAAUGCCUGCAGGGGAGUACCAUCUCGAUCUGAUCGUGAGCUACGGGGCGGUGCCGGUGAUCGUCCCGCGCGUCUCCGGCGUGCACAUGAUGCUGGACAGCUUUGAGCCGAUCCACGGGGUGCUCCUCUGCGAGGGGGAGGACAUCGACCCCUCCCACUACCAGGCCGACAUCUCGGGCCUCUCGGCGGAGGAGCUGGACGAGAUCCGCCGGCUUCACGCCAGCGACACCUCCAUCGACCGCGAGAAGGACUCCAUCGAGCUCCGCCUCGCUAAGCUCUGCCUCGAGCGCAACAUCCCCUACCUCGGCAUCUGCCGGGGGUCGCAGGUCCUCAACGUGGCCUGCGGCGGCACGCUCUACCAGGACAUCGGGAAGGAGCUCUCCAAGGACGGUAAAGAGGCCGUGGCUCACAUCGACUAUGACAACUACGACGGCCACCGGCACCCCGUAAGGGUCAUCGAGAACACCCCGCUGCACUCCUGGUUCGACGAGUCGCUCAAGCCUGACCAGGGAAUGGAGCUCAUGGUGAACAGCUACCACCACCAGGGCGUGAAGAGGCUGGCCGAGCGCUUCGUUCCCAUGGCUUUCGCCCCCGACGGACUGGUCGAAGGGUUCUACGAUCCCGACGCCUACAAUCCGGAAGAGGGCAAAUUCAUAAUGGGAUUGCAGUUCCAUCCCGAGAGGAUGAGGCACUCGGUUACGGACGAGUUCGAUUAUCCCGGCUGCCCCGCUGCCUACCAGGUGACCCCCAGAUCUCAAGAUCUCCGAAUCCGACACCAUUGCCCGCUGGCCCGAAUCAACCGCCGGAAUAACCGAGUCCCCUGGUUUCCGUGGAUUGCAGGCGUUCGUGAAGGCGGUGAUCGCCUAUCAGAGGAAGGUGAGCGGCUCAAUUGCGGCGACCGUCCUGGUUUCCAAGAUGGACGGGGAGAUGGAGAAGAAGAGGAAGAUCAUAGUCCGGAGCUUCUCCAAGGCGAGAGACCUGUACGCCUCGAGGGGGACAGUCUCCUCCGAGGAACACGAACUGGAAGUCGGAGCCGAAUUCCUGGAGGUAAAUACAAGUAACUGGACCAUAUUCCGAUAAUCUUGAUAAUUCGAAGCAGAAUGAAUCUAGACCUGAGGCCGCCCGGGAUCCAUCUCGAAUGACGUCCCCUGCCGUGUUGCAGUCCAACACGGCGCUGAGCUCGCAGCAGGAGACCAGGCUGAAGCAGAUGGGGGCUACGGUGAGGAACGCGUCCUCCUACGCACAGAAACUGAAGGUGAACGAGGAGAGGGAGAAGUUGGCGAGGAAGGUUAUGGCGAAGAUGUCGAUUGAGCAGCUGUCCGAGCUUCUUUCGUUCUACCAUAUGAUGGGUCAGACCUGCUCCGACGUGCUGGAAAGGAAGCUAAUGGCCACCUUCUGA